GCCAAUGCCCGAUGUUUACAUAUUUUUUAAAAAAACACGAAGAAAAUUAUUGUGAUUUUAUUUUCCCUCUUAUUCCAUGGAAGUUAACAAUUUUUUGGCAUCUGUUUUCUGUUCUAAAGGCUGUGAAUCCACGGCAACUCCAAGAAAUUUUCUGGAAUUUGGCAACCUGCAAGAACAUUUGGAGAAAAUUCUUGCUGAACACAACAAUGAAAGUAAACCAGAAUAUACCGAGCAAGAACGAGCUUUAUCAGAUGGUAGGAUUGGUCCAGAGAUUGUCAAAAUUGACACAAGUGGUCGCUGUGGAAAUAUGGAUAUAUCAGAAAAUUUAGAGCUUGACAGUCAGAGCAAUUUCAGCAGUUUGAGAGCCAAUAUAUGUAUUUGUCGAGGAAAAUGGAUGUUUGAAGUUCUACUUGGAACACGAGGUAUAAUGCAGCUUGGUUGGGCAACAGUCAAUUGUCAGUUUACUAAUGAGGAGGGUGUUGGUGACACUGCUGAUUCAUACGCUUAUGAUGGUCACCGUGUGAGGAAAUGGAACUUGAGUGCAUCUGCUUAUGGAGAAGAGUGGAUGGCAGGGGAUGUGAUUGGAUGUACGUUUGACCUGGAUAAUGGGGAGAUUUCAUAUUAUAGGAAUGGUGUCAAUAUGGGUGUAGCGUACACAGAUGUACCUCGUGGUGCUGGGAUAGCGUAUUUCCCAGCUGCUAGCUUGUCUUAUUGUGAAUCAUGUCAACUGAAUUUUGGUGCUACACCAUUUAUAUUCCCUAUUGAAGGUUUCAAACCAUUGCAAGACCCACCCAGUGUGGAAUUAGCACAAGCUAAAGAGUUGCUGGAAUUUCUGGAGCGUCUGUUACCUGGACCUGAGCGCAUCCCUCGAAUGCCAUCCAGUUUAAGUGGCAGAGCAGCAACACUGGCAUUAUUGACUAGUUCACAUGUCUUCGAGAAACUUGCCCCACUGUUGACGAGGUCAUACGUGGUGGAGGCGGCUCUUAUUCCCUUCUUGUUAAACUCGUGUUCAAAAACCGUUCACCCCACUGAGAUUCAUCCUGGUGUGAAGAAAAUGCUAGACUUAAUGUGUGCUUGCAUGGAAGACUUUGAAAUUCAGCCAUGUUUGAAACAUUUGUUUUAUGGUCUUCUAAAAGCAUACUGGCAUCGUCCUGUCCUCGCAGAUUUUAAAACACAGACUGCCUCGUUGUCGUUGAUGCUUUCCACCCUUCAUCACGAACAAACCAGAAAGUUAUGGCUCAACAUGAAAUCAUUUCCGCAGAAAUUCGGUUACUUCAUGCAUAUCCGACCUCCUGAUGAUGCUGUGUUGGUCGAAUUAUUUCCUGUUGUUUUGUACGAGGAAAAAGACACAUCAACAGUGAACAGUGAUGAAGAAAGAGAGAAUCAUAAGAAGCAUUGUGAAAAACUUCGUACAAAGAUAAAGGUUUUGGAGAAUAUCCAUGUUGAAAUGUGCAAAAUUCUGUUGGAAGACGAGCGGGAAGAAGGUUGUCCCUCAACCAGAUCUGCUUUCCUGGAGAAAUUUAGAAAAUAUUUACAGGAAAAUAUGUUCAUUGCUCUUAGUUCUCAUCCGCCAAGUUCCUGUUCCGGGCCAGUUUUAACAUGUUUUUUCCAUCGUUAUAUGGAGGCUUUGAGAUGCCAUUGGGAUAAGUGGGCUAAGGAGAAUGGAAACGAACUCACAUCACAGAGUUUGUUUGUUCCAGUGUCUGCUUUCGUGGAUAAAAGCAUCAAUUACUUUGAAUUGUCAAGGAUUGGUGGAAUUACUUCGCACUUAAGGAAAUCGCAUUCAGACAAACUAAAAAAUUCUUGUCCAACUGAGACGAAAGAUGACAUGAAAGCCAGCGGCAGUAGGGGAGCAACAACGUCAUUAGGAUCCAGUUCUGGGAUUGAUAUAUCAUUAAUGGAAGCCGUUGAUACUUUGAUUAUGUUGUAUUUCUUUGGUGUUCAUCGACAGUUUAGCAAGGUACGAAGUGUUCGUGACAACCUGCACCAGAAUAUUAGAGCACUUGAAGAGACGGACAAAAAAAUCAAUAAGUGCCCUAAAGAUAAAUUGGAUGUUCGGGCAGAGCUCGAACGUUCUCGUAAAGUGUUCGCUAAGGAAACGACGAACUGCACACGUCAGAUGGCGUGGGUUCGAUCUCUGAUCUUCACACCUGAAAAACAGGCGGAUGUUUAUUGGAUGCUGAAUAUUGCUCUGAAGACGAUAGAAAAUGCUAAAAAGGACGCAACCAUGUUUGAUUUUGUACCAGAGUUUUAUAUUGAAGCAAUAUGCAGUGGUUAUUCAGCGUUAAGGAAUCUGUUCUCCCCAACCGUGGUAUUCAACGAUCUUCCAGAUUGCGAAGAACUGUUGAAGAAAAUGGCGUCUUUCUUUGCAGAAAACGUGUGUGAAUCAAGUAUUGUUAAUCCAGAUCUUCGUGAUACACUCAUCCAAGGCCUGGUGACAUUUUCUUGUUAUCCUGACUGUCUGAAAGCACUUGAAGAACUGCCUUCGAUAAGUCAAGAACGUGUGGUGAGAACCUUGAUGGGAGCUUACGAGAAAAGAACUUGGGUUCAAACUACAUGGAUUUUGAUACGAUUUUGGAAGGGCUGUGGUUUCGCGUUUAAUUACUCGCUCCAACCAUGGGGUCAUAUGAGUGGAAUAUCAGAUCAUGGCCUACAGCGUGUGAACCUACAACCACCAUGUCCAUCCCCUGUGUACCAGCAUGUUCUAGCUAAGUUAUGCACUGAAGACAAAGCUCUAUCUAAAGGCUUCUUAAAUGGAGUGUUAAAUCAAUUAAACUGGGCAUUUUCAGAAUUUAUUGGAAUGUUGCAACAGAUCCAGUCAUUACCCAACAUUGCUGUGGAAAAUCGUCAGUUGAAAACUUGUAUUGUUUGUUUUGAGCUGACUGUUGGUUUACUCAGGGUACUUGAAAUGGUUUGCACUGUGGCACCUCAGCUGUUUACCGAUUGGGAAAACUUUCCUUCUGCGGAACUUAAUAUUUCUCGACUUUUUCAGUUGGUCACCCAGGCAUUUAAUCGUCUAACAGCGAGUGCGAAUAUAUUUGAAAAUGUUUCGCGUCUUCAUCUUCCAGGGUUUGAUUGUGUUGAUCGAUUUCCAUUGCUCAGCGCUCUCGCUGGUAUUAUGCUUGCUCUUCUCAAGCGCUCAAAACAAGCCAGCAUUGAUUGCGCAUGCUCCAUACUAUUUGCUGAACCAGGCUUCCAGUUUGACUCGUUCAGAUUUUUGUUUGACAGAAAGAGUAAUGGAGGCAAACCAGUUUCUGGUUUUUCUUUCAGUCACUAUAAAGUUGUAAGUGAGGAGGAAUUGCAAGAAUUGGAGGAAUUGAGCAGCAUUUUAUCAACUUAUAAAGAAAAAGUGAAUUUAAAACGACAAUCAUCAAUCGACUCUGGAGAGUUAUGUACAAUUUGCUACGCCAUGCCACAAUCUGCUGUCUUUGUCCCAUGUGGUCAUAAGUCAUGCAGGGCUUGCAUCUCACGUCAUCUUAUGAACAGUAAAAUUUGCUUCUUCUGCAAAGAAACUGUGGAAACGUUUGAAGAUGGUAGCCUGCAGGAGAAAGCAAAAGACAACAAUUCGUGAUUGAGAUACUUCUAUUAAACUUCAGAGAUAUUUAUUAGUAGGAAUAGCUGUAAACUAUCAGCAGUAAUGUGCCCUAAAUUGUGACCUUUUUCAAGAAUAUUAAAUGAAGCACUGCCUUUGUGUUUUUGUCAAAUGA